AUGGAUAGAAUCAACCGACCGCUAAAAAGGAGUCGUCACAAAGCUGGGCUAUCAGAGGACAAUUCGGUAGCAGGACAUAACUCAUCUUUUGGUGCCGACAACUCAGGUCUUCAGCUAGUACAGAAUAACGGCAAUAUUACUGCAAAUUUCCAAUCCCAAUCUGAUUAUUUGGAAGCAUCAGAAAACCGAAACUGCCUUCGAGCUUUGCAUGCAACUAAUCCUCACUAUGAUAAAACACGGAUCGAGACAGUCAAGGGUGGAUUGCUAGAGGACGCAUAUAUCUGGGCCCUUGAAAAUGAGGAAUUCAAACGAUGGCGCUAUGAGCAAGAAAGUCAACUUCUUUGGGUUAGAGGUGAUCCUGGGAAGGGAAAAACCAUGCUCUUGUGUGGGAUUAUAAACGAACUAACCAAGACCACCCUUGCUUCAGAGACCACUGUUGUCUUUUUCUUCUGCCAGGCAGCAGAUGCUCGGAUAAACCAUGCUACUGGUGUUCUUCGCGGCUUUAUCUUCAUGUUAGUCGAUCGGCAUCCAUCUCUCAUCUCCCAUGUGCGGCGAGAGUAUGACAAGGGCGGGGAAAAAGUCUUUGAGGAUGCAAAUGCCUGGGAGACACUGGUAGGGAUCUUAACAAGUAUCCUCCAGGACCCAUUGUUGCAGACAACGUAUUUGAUUAUUGACGCCCUAGAUGAGUGCACUACCGGAUUGGACCGUCUUCUUCAUCUCAUCGUUGAAAAAUCAUCCGUGUAUCCACAUGUCAAAUGGCUUGUUUCAAGCCGUAAUUGGCCUUCAAUCGAACAGACGCUUGAGUCCGCAUCGAAGAAAGAAAGGCUCUGGCUGGAGCUCAACGAGGCUUCCGUUUCCAAGGCGGUUGCCACCUUUAUCUGCUACAAAGUCCAGACCUUGACGAGGAAAAAGAAUUACCCCGCUGAUAUCCAAGAUGCAGUGUACCAGCAUCUGUUAGCGAAUGCACAUGGCACCUUCCUGUGGGUAGCACUGGUCUGCGAGGAACUUGCCAAAUUCAGUGUUCCAAAAUGGGCUGUUCGUAGGAAAUUGGAACAAUUUCCUCCUGGUCUUGAUAAGCUCUAUCGGCGGAUGUUGGAUCAGAUAGGCGACACUGAGGAUGCCGAGCUCUGCAGGUCCAUACUUGGUAUCAGCACGACAGUGUAUCAUCCUCUUACGUUGGAUGAGAUAAGUUCCUAUGUCGACUUCCCUGAAGACCUCGCAUUAUCAGACCUAGAGGAGGUUAUAGGUCUCUGUGGCUCUUUCCUCACGAUUCGAGGAUCGACAAUUUUUCUGGUACAUCAAUCUGCCAAAGAUUUCCUGCAUCGGGAAGCAGUCUGCGAGAUCUUCCCCCGCGGACAGGAAAUCUUACAUCAUGACAUCUUCGCCAAGUCAUUGGACACCAUGGCCAGAACGCUUCGACGUGACAUUUAUAAUCUCGUGCAUCCUGGAUAUCCCAUCGACCGAGUCGUGCAGCCAGAGCCUGAUCCACUGGCGGCAGUACGCUACGCGUGUCUUUACUGGGUCGACCAUCUCGAAAUAUGCUAUCGUCAAGUCUGCACAAGUGUUCUCAAUGAUUUUGCAGAAGGCGGCCCAGUCGACGUGGUCUUCUGCAAGAACUACCUUCAUUGGCUUGAAGCCAUCGGCCUGUUAAGAAGCGUAUCAGGCGGAAUAGUAUCAAUUUUGAAGCUCGAAAAUCUGAUCGAGUCAGGGAUACAAAAUGCGACAUUGGUUGAUAGAGUAAAAGAUGCCAGUCGAUUCGUCCGAUAUUUUCAAACGGCAAUUAGGAAUUGGCCGCUUCAAGUGUAUGCGUCUGCGCUGGUAUUCAGCCCGGUGAAUAGCGUGACGAGAAUCCAAUAUCAAGCACAACAACCAUUGUGGAUAAUUCAGAAGCCAGAUAUGGAAUAUCAAUGGAGCCCAUGUCUACAAACCCUGGAGGGACACAUAGAUCAGGUUUGGUCGGUCUCUUUCUCUCAUGAUUCCAGGUUGCUUGCUUCGGCCUCCUGGGAUCACACCGUCAAGAUAUGGGAUGCCAGCAGUGGACAAUGCCUAACUACCCUUGAUGACCAUAGCGACAGGGUAUGGUUCGUCGGUUUCUCCCACGAUUCAAAGCUCCUCGCCUCGGUGUCUCACAAUUCUAUCAAGGUGUGGGACACCGGUAACAGGAAACGCGUUAUGGCGAUCAAUAAUCUUGAUAGCGAUUUUGUUUCCGUCACGUUCCUCCACGAUUCCAAAUAUCUUGCAUCCGGCUCAACUGAUGGCACUAUCAAGCUCUGGGAUACCAGGAACGGAAAAUGCCUCAAGACUCUCAAAGGACAUGACGAACAUAUAUUGGCACUCGCAAAGGCUCGUGAGCUUCAGCUCCUCGCGUCAGCUUCAUUGGACGAGACUAUCAAGAUCUGGGAUAUCAAUAGUGGAGCAUGUAUCCAAACUCUAAAUGAGCAUAACAGAGCAGCCUUAUCGGUUGCCUUCUCUCAUGACUCCCAGCUUCUUGCCUCGGGCUCUUUUGAUAACAGUAUCAAGCUGUGGGAAACUAGCAGCUGGAAAUGCCUCCGCACUCUUAGUGGCGAUACCUCAGACUCUUGGAUGAAUUCAGUCAGAUUUUCUCAUGAUUCCAAGCUUCUUGCCUCUGGCUUAGAUGACCACACUAUCACGUUAUGGGACACUAACAGCGGAAAGCACCUUCAGACCUUCAAGGGUCAUGGAUACCAUGUUCGUUCGGUCGCGUUCUCACCUGAUUCUAAACUCCUCGUUUCAGCUUCGAGUGACCACACAGUCAGGAUAUGGAAUGCCACUAGCAGACAGCAUCCACGUGAUUUCGCCAGCCAUUCUGGUAGCGCGGAACCUUUCUUUUCCCACGAUUCCAGGCUCCUUGCCACGGGUGCAAAGGGUGAACCGUUUGAUAUUAAGGUCUGGGACGCUCGCAAUGGGCAAUGCCUUCAGAGUUUCAACGGCUGGGACCACGGAAUCCACUCCUUGAUGUUCUCACAUAAUCUCAAACUUCUUGUAUCACAAUCAUGGGGUAGUACUGUGCGGGUGUUGGAUGUCGGCAGCGGGAAAUGCCUGCAAACAUUUAACGCUUACCGAAGAGAAAGAGAUCGUGUUUUAAAUGUGAGGGAUGUUUUCUUGAAUAAUCCUGACCUUAAACUAUUUGAUGGCACCGUUGGCCUAUCAUCAUUCUCUGUUGAUGGGCCGAAUAGUCAAACGCAUAAGGCUAGCCCCUAUUCUCAAGGCUUUGGCAUAACUUGGGAUUAUGAAUGCAUCACGUGGAACUCAAAAUGCUUGCUAUGGUUGCCACCAGAGUACCGACCAGAUAGUUUGUCCUCGGCUGUUGUCACAGAAUCGACCAUGUGUAUCUGUUGUGCUUCAGGACGAGUGCUUCUUUUCACCUUUGAUUCCGCUAUACUGUCAAAUGCACUUGCGGCACCAAAUGUCGGCAUCAAGAGGUCUUAA